AUGGAGGAUAGGGAUUCGAUCGGCCUUGAGGCGCUCCUUCGGGCUGCUCGAGGUCCACAGGAGCUGCAGGCCAAGGCUCAGAUUACCCGGCUGCAGGUGGAGGUGGACAGCCUGACCCAGCUGUUGGAGCAGGGCACGGCUGCCACCUUUGCCGACGAAGCCGAGGUGGAGGAGCUCAUCCGUCAGAAGGAUGAGGCGGCAGCGCAACGUGAUGCACACAUGGCCGCCGUGGCUGAACAGCGUUCGGAAAUCCUCAGGCUCAGCGAGCGUCUGCGUGCGGCAGAGUCGGAGCGGGCCCUUCUGGAGGGCGAGGCCGCGACCCUCAAGGAGGCGGCAGCGGAGCAGCGCUCUGCCGCCGAGCGGGAGACACGGCGGCGGGAGCGCCUUGAGCGUGAGGUGAAGGAGGCCCGGGCGCUGCUGGAGGCACGCCAGGCAGAGCUGAGGGAGAGCAGGGCUUCGGCGGCCGCGGCAGACGAUCACCUGCAAAGACUGCGGGUCACGCUGAGGGAUACGCAGGCAGGCAACGAGAGGCUGCAGAAGGAGUGGAAUCAGGCAACGGAGAGGAGUGCCAGGCUGCGCAAGGACCUGGACACCCAGCUGGCCGGCAACGAGCGGGCAGCAGCGGGACUGGCAGCCAGGCAAGCAGAGCUGGAGGCCAAAGUGACUGCCAACGGAGCGCUCAAGGCUGAGCUCGAACAUGCCUGCAGGGCCACUGAGGUGGCCGAGCACCGACUCCGGCUGCUGGAGCGGCAGAAGGCAGAGCUGGAGAGGUCCCAUGACUUUCUGAGAGCAGCCGAGGUCGACAAUCGCAUCCUGCAGCAGCAGGUGGCAGUUGCCACGGCCCAGCUUCACGCUUUGGAGAAGGCCCAGCGCAAGGCAAAGCGUGAGCUGGAGGGGGCCGAGCACGAGCUGGGCGACGCGCAGCGACACAGGGACGAGGUGGAAACGGCGAACGCUUUGGCGCAGACCGAGCUGAAGACGUUGCACCGGGAGCUGAAAGACAUGGAGCUGGAGUGGCGCGCCGCCGCCAAACGGUGCGCCGUGCUGGAGGAAGAAAGAGCGGCGCACCGCUUGCAGUUGCAGAAGGCCCAGCAGGAGUCCACAUCUGCAGAGGGGGCUCUGAGGCUGGCGGGCAUCGAGGCUGCGCAGCUGGGCAAGGAGGUGGCGCAUGCGGAGGACGCCUUGAAGAAGGAGAGGGCUUCGCUCCUCAUGGCGAGGUGCGCAGCGGUCCAGGAGCAGGCAAAUAGUGCCAAGCAGGAGCUGGCUGCCACGGAGGAGAGACUGGCGGGGGCGAGGCAGGAGCUGCAGGCCACCCAUGCUCGGCUGGCGGGCUCGGAGCAGGCCCGAAUCCGGCUGGAAAGGACGCUCGACGCCGCCCUGCGCAGCAGGGACGGCCUGGCAGUGCAGCUGGUGGCCCAGGGCAGCACAGUGCACUCGCAGCACGAGAAGAUCCGCCUCCAGGAGAGCGCCCUCCAGAGAGGUCAUGCGCAGUACCAGGAGCGCUUGGCCGAGGCAAGGUACCUUCGCACGCAGGUGUCUUCCAGCAUCCACGAGCUGUCCAUUGCCAAGGGUGCCCUCGCCAGUACAUCACUGAUGAGAAAGGAGCUGCAGUACCUCACGCGCUGCCUCCUCCAGAAACGCUUGAUCUUGAAGACCGAGGAAGUUGCACAGAAGGAGCUGCUCUUGCAGGUGGAGCACUAUGAGUGA